UAUUUUUGUCCUCUCUUGCAGUCUCCUGGACCCGAAAUGCGACAAGCGUUAAUGUUCACUUUAGUUUUGGCCUGUUCAUUCCAGGCCAGAACAUCUUCAGUUCCGAAAUGGCAAGCCGACGAGUAUCCAUCAACGUUAGAAUUAUCGGAAGAUGGACUUUCUCUGAUGGAACCAGCUAUCGUGCCAGAGCCAAAAGAUGGUAGCCGCUGGUGGUACCCAUCGCGUAAAGCUCACCUCCAUUCUGCGAAAGCAAAGAGCAGUUUGAUGCGAAAGAUGAGGUUCAAUAAAGUGAACGAAGAUUUGCGUCUUCCCGGUGACGUCUUGCCCAGUAUCUAUUCUAUCCGCUUGUUGCCCUUUGUCGAGGAAGGCAAUUUUACAACGGACGGUCACAUUGACAUUUUCGUUGACUGUAUCCGGGAUACGAAUAGCAUCUCGAUGAACGCCGCUGAAAUCACUUUCAAGCUGUUAUCUGUUACGGUGCUCGACCUCACCACCAACAGUCCUUUGGCAAUUACGAAUUUCGUUGACGAGCAAAUUACCCGUGAGAUCGUCACUAUCAAAACGGCAGCGACAUUAACCGCUGGCAAUCACUACAAGAUCUCAAUGGAUUUCACUUCGAUUUUGAACGACGAACUGCGCGGCUUUUAUCGCUCUUCUUACAUGGAGAACGGUGUCAAGAAGUGGUUGGCCGUAACUCAAAUGGAAGCUCCAGACGCCCGUCGAGCUUUCCCUUGCUUCGACGAACCCAAUAUGAAGGCACAAUUUUCAAUUACCCUCGGCCGCAAAACAACGAUGAAAACAGCCAGCAACAUGAACCUCCUGUCCACUAACGCCAUCGAUGGAAUGCCCGGAUACGUUUGGGAUUAUUACGCGACGUCAGUGACCAUGUCAUCCUACUUGGUGGCAUUCUUAGUGUCAGAAUUUGAGGCCGUUCCAACCACAUCGGCUCACAGGAUACCCUUCCGUCUCUGGGUAAAACCUCAAUCUGCUCAUCUCGCUGGGUACAGCCUGAGCGUCGGGCCGGAAUUGCAAGAAUUUUUCGAACGCUAUUUCAAGAUUGACUACCCACUGCCCAAACAGGAUUUAGCGGCGAUUCCAGAUUUUGCCGCAGGAGCUAUGGAAAACUGGGGAUUAGUUACCUACAGGGAGAGCGCUUUGUUGAUCGAUGUACCUCGUGAGAGCAGAGGUCGCAGGCAGAGCGUGGCCGAUAUCAACGCGCACGAGUUAGCCCAUCAAUGGUUCGGCAACCUCGUCACUACUGAUUGGUGGAACACGAUAUGGCUUAAUGAAGGAUUUGCUACUUACCUUGAAUUUCCAAGCAUGGAUGCGGUGGAACCCGAUUUCCGGUUUACCGAUCAAUUUGUCGUCAUCGAAUUGCACUAUGUUUUCGGUGUCGAUGCUCUGGAAACAUCACGACCCAUCAAUCUGCCAGUGACUACCAACGAGGAGAUCAAUAACAUGUUUGACGCCAUUUCCUACGAUAAAGGAUCGUGCAUCAUCCGUAUGACUGCCGAUUUCAUUGGCUUGGAGACAUUCACGCGUGGUCUCACUCGCUACCUUAACGCCAGAGCUUACAAAAACGCCGUUGAGGAUGACCUUUGGCUGGCUUUGCAACAACAAAGCGACGAAGAGGGAGUUAGCCUUCCUGCCCCCGUCAAGGAAAUUAUGGAUACAUGGACCUUGCAAAUGGGUUUCCCACUCAUUAGCGUAACUAGGGAUUAUAACACCGGUGGCGCAGUAGUAUCACAGGAGCGGUUCUUGUUGCGCAAGGAUCCCAGUUCGACUGAUACGCACGUCUACCGCUGGUGGGUACCUUUGACUUAUACCAACGGUGGCAGUUUGGUUCGCCAAACCCAAUGGCUCUCCAAAGAUCAAGCCACUAGAACCAUCAGCAAUUUGGGCGCUACAGAUAAAUGGGUCAUCUUUAAUUACGACCAACAAAAUUUAUACCGUGUAGCAUAUGACACGGAAAACUAUCGUCUAAUUGCUGAACAGCUCAUGGUCGACCACACCCGAAUUUUGGAUAACAACCGCGCCCAAGUACUGGACGACACUUUUGUUCUAGCAUCGGUCCAUUUGGUUCCAUACAAAUCUGCUCUGGACCUCUCUCUCUAUCUGAAAUACGAGAAAGAAUAUGUUCCAUGGAACGCAGUCCUGGCCGAGUUCAACUACAUUGAUUCGAUGCUCUACAAUCAACCGCAAUUCUCACAAUGGACCGUUCACUUGACCAACUUGGUGACUCCUUAUUACAACCAUCACGGCUUCCGAGAGUCAACUCUCGAUGCCCAUUUGACUGUUUUCGGCAGGAGCGACGCUAUGAACUGGGCUUGCAAAUUGAUGGUAGCCGAUUGUGUCGAUAAUUCCAAAGCGAAAUACGCACAACAAAUGGCCAGCCCAGACAACACGACGAUUAUGUCACCGAAUCAGAAGAGCAUCAUUUUAAGGACAGGUGUGGAAAAUGGUGACCAGGCUGAAUGGGACUUUGCUUUUAAUCAGUACAAGAGCAAAUACGACACGUCUUACCUCAUUGCGGCAACUAAGAGCAGGGACACAACUCGUCUGAACACUUUGUUAGAGAGGAUGAUCGAUAGCCAGUCAGGUAUCCGACUUAGUGACGUCAACACUUUGUUUAACAACGUAGCCUCUAAUCCAGUGGGCAAUCCAGUAGCUACCGAUUUCCUUGUUAAUCGCUGGACCGACAUUGAACAAUCCUGGUUGGGAACCGAUUAUUUCAUUAGUUUCUUCCGCUACGUUUGCAAUCGUCAAAACACGCAGGCGCAAUUGGAUAGGUUGUUGCAGCUGCGUACUGAUCACUUUGACAUCCUUGGAACUUCCAACAACGUCCAGCAAGGCAUUGACGUUGUCGUGGAGAACAUCAGGUGGAUGGAAUUACACCAGGAAGAAAUUGGCAACUGGUUGAGUAUGUCCGUUCCUACCACUACAACCACCACUACCACUCCUGCCACGACAACUACCACUACCAAUCCAUCUACUGUUCCUGCCGGCAGCAAGAGCGUUUAUCAAACGAGCGCCAUCCUUAUUCUGGUCCUUCCUUUCUUAGGGAUGUUUAUCAUGCACUGAAUUACGUUUCCCGUGAUUGAUUUCAUCAAACUAUUCUGUUCGUGUAUCAAAUCACGAAAAAUGUUAUUAAGGGAGAAAAUAAAA